AUGACCAUGAUGGCUAAAAAACAAUCCGACCAGUUAAACCAGCUCAAAGACAUCUUCCUCCGUUUUGAUAUGAACAGAGAUGGAAGCCUAACCCAACUCGAGCUCGCGGCUCUUCUAAGAUCUCUUGGCCUCAAGCCCUCUGGUGAUCAAAUCCAUGUUCUAUUGGCAAACAUGGACUCUGAUGGCAAUGGCCUAAUAGAAUUCGAUGAAUUGGUUGAUGCCAUUUUGCCUGACAUGAACGAGGAGGUACUCAUCAACCAAGAACAACUCAUGGAGGUUUUUCGAUCGUUCGAUCGCGAUGGCAAUGGUUCUAUCACAGCAGCCGAGCUCGCCGGCCAAAUGGCCAAGAUGGGUCACCCUUUAACGUACCGUGAGCUAUCGGAGAUGAUGCGUGAAGCAGACACAAAUGGCGAUGGUGUCAUAAGUUUCGAUGAGUUUGCGAAUGUGUUGGGAAAAUCUGCAGCAGAUUUUCUUGGCCUCACCGUUGGGUAG